UGUACGUUAUACAAGUAAUAUUUAUAUAUAAAUACUGUUAUUAAUAUCUAAAAAACCAUUAAAAAAAGGUAGAAAAGUGGGGAUUCAUACGUGACACCAGCCCUGCAUCUCUGCUGCAAGUCUGCAGUAUUUACAUCCGCAGUAGACCUCAAAAAGAGAAUAUUCCAUACAAACAUGCUGCUGUGAGAUAUCAUAAUGACAAAUAAUGCUAUUUGGAAAACAACGUCAUAUGGAGGAUCAGUGAGCAACCCCUUAUUUAUUUCUGUUGAAAAAGUUAACGUGCAAAAGAAGAGAACACCUAAAGUAAACAAUAAAAGGAGCAACCGGUGUAUUGCACAUAUAUAUACGACAGAGCGGGCCUAUACAUAGUCCUGACACUGAUAGAUAAUUGUAUUUCUCAAGCUCGGUAUCUUCUUCCCCCCCUGUAGAUGCUCCAAUUAUCAUCAGCAGCAGACAGAGUCGUAGUGACGGCCGAUGAGCGAAAGUGAGGUUAGUAACGACGACGGUGGUGGUGGUGGCGACGGCUGCGGCGGCAGCUGUGGCUGCAGCGGUGGUGGUUUCAUCAGAAAAAGACGACGACGAAGAAACACCAGUCGUAAUAGUGUCUCUCUAAAUCUAAAAGUUAACAGUUGUCACUUUUGUUGUUGCUGUUUCUGCAACAACUACUACCAGCCGCCGGUGUUUUUGUUUACCAAAGCAUUAUUAUGACCGGGCACGAGGAAGUGACGACGGUGUCUGCCUCGGCGAUCGAGACAUCUACGGCUGCGGGCGUGCGAUCGUCGCCCGGUAUCGUCAGAUUAGCUGCAAGGCUAGGAAACUAUCUAAAAUGUAUUCUGCGAAUCAUUUUCGUCCUUUUAAACAAUACAUACUGCAUACCUACAUACCUUGUUUGGAUGAUCGUACUGUUCCCGAUGAAAAUUUAUCAGCCUAGUUGGUAUUGGCGCAUCGAGGGUAUGUUCUUUCAUUGGUUGUUAGCUAUGGUGUCAAUGUGGACAUGGUCCGCUGGAUAUGAUGUUGUAGAGUUAGGGGACGACAUUAGCAAAAUUAUACAUGAAAGAACUUUGGUGAUUGCAAAUCACCAAAGUACAGGGGAUGUUCCUAUAUUAAUGACAACUUUUAAUGCCAAGCCCACUGUUUUGCCUAAUCUCAUGUGGAUCAUGGAUAGCAUAUUUAAAUUUACCAACUUCGGACUUGUUUCUUUAUUACAUCAUGACUUUUUCAUUUUAUCAGGUCGUAAAAAAAGAGAAGAAAGCCUGAGGAAACUAGAUAGGCAUCUCAAAGAUUCAUAUAUCCCACUGGAAAGGAAAUGGUUGGUUCUUUUUCCAGAAGGUGGUUUCCUGUGCAAAAGGCGUGAAACCUCGCAAAAGUAUGCUAAGAAGAAUAAUCUUCCUAUCUUAGAAAAUGUUACCCUACCUCGGGUUGGAGCUCUGCAAACUAUAUUUAACACUAUUGGCCCCACACAGAACAACAAUUCCUCGGAAGAACAAUUGAAUUCAAGGCCAAGUACAGCAGUGAUGCGGCCAGAAAUCAGAUAUAUUUUAGAUAUUACAAUUGCUUACCCUCAAGGAAAACCAAUAGAUUUGCCGACGAUCAUAACUGGCGUAAGACCCCCGUGUCAAACAAUACUUUUUUACCGAAUUUUUCCAACAUCAAUGAUUCCUAAAGAACCUGAGCAACUAUCAAGAUGGUUGUUUGACAGAUGGGCCGAAAAGGAAGUCUUUUUAGAAAACUUUUAUAAAUAUGGAUCUUUUAAUGGCAUUAAUCCAUCAAAUUAUGAAAAUUACAAGAUUCAGCAAGAUCCAUUGCGUUUUCUAAUUCUUCAUCUGUUCUUUAUAACAUCUAGCUAUCUCCACUACAAAGUCAUCACUUAUGUUUUAGCUUGUAUUUGGUAA